AUGUCGUAUCAAAAAGUACAAAAUUUUAAAUGUCGUUGCCCACUUAUACGAAUAAAUGUAUUCGGUAUUCAUGAAUCGCAUCAGAUACCUAAUAUUCCAUGUGAUCGUUCAUCGAAUGAUGUUUUUCUAAAUCAACAUCUUCAAUGGUAUCAUAAUUUUGAUAGUGGAUCGGCUCGAAAAUUAGUUCGUGCUAUCUUUAAUAAUACGAGUCCACAUCAAAAUCUGUUUAGUAUUAAUGAACCUAUAGUAAAACGAAAUAUUGCUGUCGAAGGUUAUAAAUGUAAAUGUCCAUUGACACAUGAUGGUGCGUUUGGUCUCUCUGAUGAACAUGAUAUUACCAAUGUACCAUGUGGUCGAGCAGAUAAAGAAGUUCUAUGUUUUCAACAUUUACAAUAUCAUCAUAAUCUUUCUUCACGAGCAGCUAAAAAAAUUGUUCUUGCUAUUUUAUCAUAUACUCCAACAGUAACACAAUUAUUUCAUAAUGAUGAUUUCGUAACACAAUCUAAAUGUGCUGUAAGAAAACUCAAAGCCAAAUGUCCACUAAUAGCAACUCAUAUGUAUGGUUUGGGCGAUCAACAUCGCGUUCCAAAUAUUCCCUGUGAUCGUGCUGAUCAGGAUAUAUUUCUAUUUCAUCAUUUAACAUAUUUUCACAAGUUAAACCCUAAAGCAGCAACUCAAUUAAUACGCGCAAUACUUCUACAUAAAAAUCCAACAGAACCAAUAUUUCACUAUAAUGAUACUAUUGUUGUGUCUCAUCACACAUUGAAUGAUCAAGAAACACGACGCAGUAAAAAAAUAAAAAAUAAUCAACAAACAUUAUCUGAGUUUAAUUAUUCAAAUCAAUUUGACUCUAAAUCAUUCGAAAGUUUUCAAUCGAAUUUUGUUAGUAAUGUACGUUCGAAGUAUCCGUCAUUUUUUAAUCCUUUAAACACAUCGGCUUUGUCAGCUUUGCUUCAUAAAAACUCCAGUGGAAAAAUGGAAAAUAAUUCAAUACCACUCGAUUUUACUGUAAAUAAGCAACAAACAUAUCAAAUGUCUUACUCCUAUCCAACAAAUAAUAUGGCACAUGGUCACGAUCUAAAUUCAUUUUUAACCUAA